CAGAGCUUUAAACGUCGCUGAGACACACUGGUUGACAAACAUCCAAGACUUUUAAUUCUCUGCGCCGUGGGUCUUUAUCUUCAAGUUCUGCGAGAGUAUUAAUAAUAAUUCAAAUAAAACCAAGAGUCAUCAUUAUCAUUAUCACCACUGUCAGCUUUUAUUUUGGACAAAAAUGCUGAGGCUGGAUUUAAGGGCUGUUUUGCUGUUGUUUUGUGUGGUAACAUGUGUUUCCGGGAUGAGACGAGAGUACUUUCUAAAGAUAGAAGAGGUGUCGUGGAACUAUGCUCCAACUGGGAUGAACAUCAUCCAAAACCGCUCAAUCCAGGACGAUGAAGAAGCCUCCGUCUUUUUAAAGAGCGGUCCGCAGCGUAUCGGCUCAACCUACAAGAAGGCUGUUUAUAAGCAGUACAGCGACGCCACCUACAGGACGGAGUUGACAAAAGCAGAAUGGCUGGGUUACCUCGGACCUCUGUUGAUGGCUGAGGAGGGCGAUACACUGAUUGUCCACCUGAAGAACACAGCGUCCAGACCUUACAGCGCCCACCCACAUGGUCUGAACUAUACUAAAGGCAACGAGGGAGCACUCUACCCAGAUGGCACGGGUCCAGAGCUGAAGCGAGAUGAUUCGGUACCUCCUGGUCAAACAGUGACCUAUGAGUGGACCCUCGCAGAAUCCCACAGCCCAACAUCACAUGACAGCAACUGCAUGACCAGAUUCUACCAUUCCCACGUCAGCCCGCCAAAAGACAUCAACUCAGGGUUGAUAGGGCCCCUCAUCGUCUGUAAGAGAGGAACUCUGGACUUACAUGGCGAUAGUUCAGCAGACUACCAGUAUGCUCUGCUGUUCAUGGUGUCAGAUGAGAACUUCAGCUGGUACCUGGAUGAAAACAUCAGGACAUACAUCACAAAUCCUGCCAGAAACCUGAAGGAGGACGAAGACUUCAUUGAGAGCAACAAGAUGCAUGGUAUUAAUGGUUUGCUGUAUGGUAAUCUUCGUGGACUGAGCAUGUGCCAAGGCAACAAGAUCCAGUGGCAUUUGUUUGCAUUAGGCAAUGAGGUGGACAUGCAUUCAGUCCAUUUCCAUGGUCAGAUCCUGACCACUAUGAACCAUCAUACAGACACAAUCAGUCUUUUUCCUGCUUUGAGCACCACGGCGGAAAUGGUAGCUGACAACCCAGGACACUGGCUGCUGGCAUGUAGUGUCAAUGACCAUCUGAUGGCUGGAAUGCAGGCUUUGUUUGAGAUAAAGAAGUGCUUCCCCAAUGUCCACAAGCCCCGGCCUUAUGGAGAGCAGCGACAGUACUUCAUUGCCGCUGAAGAAGAAGUUUGGGACUAUGCUCCUACAGUGCCUACAGAUGGUGCGGCAGAAACGUUUGUAACCCGAGGUCGAAACCGCAUUGGAAGCCGCUAUAAAAAGGUUCGCUAUGUGGAGUACACUGACAACACCUUCAUGACAAAGAUGCUCCGCAGCCCAGAGGACCAGCACCUUGGAAUUCUGGGUCCUGUGUUGAAGGCUGAAGAGAAAGACACUAUCAGGGUGGUGUUCAAGAACAAAGCCAGUCGGCCUUACACAAUACAACCUCAUGGAGUACAGUACAGCGUGGAACAGGAUGGCACACUGUAUCACAAUGAGUUGGAAGAGUCUUAUACAGAUAAGAAACUGCGGGAGCUGAAGAGGCUGCCAAGGGUGGUGACUCCUCCCCCUGCUGCUCUGGUCAGACCUGGGAUGGUGCACAUCUAUGAGUGGAUGGUGCCUGUAGGUGCUGGACCCGUAGAAGGGGAGGCUGACUGUCUGACCUAUCUGUACUACUCUGCUGUGGACCCUGUUAAAGAUACCAGCUCUGGACUGGUGGGGCCACUUCUCAUUUGUCGACCUAAAUCGCUGAAGAAGGGAGUACAGAAAAACUAUAAUAAAGAGUUUCACCUCAUGGCCACUGUAUUUGAUGAGAACCUGAGCUGGUAUCUUGAUGACAACAUUAGGACUUUCACUACUGCUCCCAACACUGUCAACAAGGAGGACGAGGGCUUCAUCGAGAGCAACAAAAUGCAUGCCAUCAAUGGGUUCGUGUAUAACAAUCUCCCAGGGCUGACCAUGUGUAAGGGCGAUAAAGUAUCAUGGCACCUGUCAGGACUGGGGUCAGAGACAGACAUCAUCAGUCUCUACUUCCAGGGCAACCGUUUCAUCUAUGAGCAGAACAGACGGGACACCAUCAGCGUAUUCCCUCACAUCUCACACACUGUCACUAUGGAGCCGGACAGCAUGGGUCAGUUUGAGGUGGUGUCUGCUACAGUGAACCAUUACCGUAAUGGGAUGAGGGCCAACUACACGGUAGAGAAGUGCAGCAUACUUCAUCGUCAGAGUGAGAUGAUGUUACAUUCAAAAACCUACUACAUCGCUGCCAUGGAAAUAGACUGGGACUACGCUCCAAACCGCACCUGGGAGGUGGAGAUGUUCCGCGGCAUGGAGAGUCCUGCCCCCGUCUUUCUGGACAAGCAGGGUGGAUUCAUAGGCUCUCGUUACAAGAAGGUCGUCUACCGACAGUUCACCAGUGACAAGUUUACCAAACAGGUCGAAAGAACCGCUGACAUGGAGCAUCUCGGCAUUAUGGGUCCAAUGAUUCACGCUAAUGUUGGAGACAAAGUUAAGGUGGUUUUCAAGAACAUGGCAACCAGACCUUAUUCCAUUCAUGCACACGGAGUCAAAACAGAAAACCCCAGCGUCCACCAAACCCAACCAGGUGAAAUUCACACCUACUACUGGUAUGUCAACAAGAACACUGGACCAACAACAGAGCAAGAGGAGUGCUCUGUGUCAGCGUACUACUCUACUGUUGAUGUUGCAAAGGACCUUUACAGCGGACUGAUUGGUCCAUUAGUCGUCUGCCGCCGUAGUUGGGGCAGGACUUUAGGACUGAAGAAGGAAGUGGAAGAGUUUGCACUGCUUUUCCUGGUUUUUGACGAGAAUGAGAGUUGGUAUCUGGAUGAAAACAUCAGAGCGCAGAUCAGGAACCCUCGCCCAAACUUAAAGGAUGAUGAAGACUUUAUAGAGAGCAACAAAAUGCACGCCAUCAAUGGAUAUGUGUAUGCUAACCUGAAUGGUCUGAACAUGGAGGUGGACGAUAAGGUGUACUGGUACCUAAUGGGAAUGGGCAAUGAAGUGGACAUACACACAGCACACUGGCAUGGCCAUAGUGUGGAAUAUAAGCUGGGUGGAGGUGCUCACCGUGCUGAUGUGUAUGAGCUGUUUCCAGCCACCUUUCAGACAGUAAAGAUGCGUCCUCAGUAUCCUGGUACCUGGCUGCUCCACUGUCACGUCACAGACCACAUUAAAGCUGGCAUGGAAGCCAUGUACACUGUUACUGAAAAACCAAAGAAGAGUGGAAUCUUUGGCUGAAGGAAAAGUGAGAGACGAGUAAAAGGACGAUGUCAGUGCCUCAGUUUACUAAAUGCCUCCGUUAAUGAUGCAUAGCAGAAACUUAACAUGGAAUCAAGCAUUACCAACAGUUAUUGUAUAAUAAAAUGUCUUUUUUAUAAUCAUUUUUGCUCAGUAACUUUUCUAAAGACUGCCAGACUGUAGUGAAAAAAUAAUUAAAAAAUAAAUUUAAAA